CAUCUAGUUGGCUCUAUCUGCUCUUAACAAAACUGGGUGUGAGUUGGGGUAGAUCCAAUUGGAUUUAUUGUCUGGUAACAAUUGCCCAAUUAAAUGCUGUUAUAUCCGUCUUUUUGGAGUAAAGAUGGAGCCUUAUGGUCUUUGGUAUGUGCUAGCAUUUUUUGUUGUUGCUAUCGUCGCCUGGUUGCUUUACAAAGCCUAUCAACAAAUGCCGAGAAAGAAAGGAAUGGCGGUAUAAAUCCACAGGUGAAUGAAGCCGUUGUGUUACGACCCAACAUGCAUAACCAUAACCAAGGCCCGCCCCGCAGGCUGCGGCGGCUACGGUACGCCAUAUAUGCAGACAGGACAAGGAACGUCAGUAGCCCCCCCUACGGAUACGGAAGAACUAUGGUACAGGUCACGUGAAGAUAAGAUAAACUGAUCACACCCCGGACCCACUGAUCGGUCAACGGAACACCAAUGGACUUGUGAGAUCCAGGCGACGGGAUUGAGA